AUGGUUAGGAGAUCUCGUGCUGCUAUUCUACCGACAAACAUUAUUCUCUUGCAGAACCUUGUUAAGCGUGAUCCUGAAUCCUAUCGUGAAGAGUUUCUACAGCAAUAUGCUCACUACCAAUCAUUAAGAGACAUUUUCAUGUUAAAUUCGGUCAACAACGAGAGCACUGAUGAAAGUGCAAUGGCUGAGUUUAUGGGAGCAAUUGGAUUUGUAUCUCAAGUUUGUUCCUGUUAUCCUCGUGAAACGGCAAACUUCCCAAACGAAUUGAAACAGUUAGUAUUAGAUCACCACAAAUCGCUUCCGUUUGACGUGAAAGAAAAGAUUAUCACCAGUCUAACUAUGUUGAGAAAUAAGAACGUUAUCAGCCCUGAGACUUUGAUUCAAACUAUGUUCCCAUUGCUUAUUGCAUACUCUUCCCCUAGUAAUUCGAUGGUCCAGAAUUCUCACGCCAAAGAGCUAAGAACUUUAAUCUACAACACUCUAGUACAGUUGAUGAAAUCUUGUAACACCAGUGGUAAGAACCAAAAAUUAAACAAAUCUACCCAUGCGUUGUGUUUCAAUUUGUUGGAACAGCCAGAUUCUCAAGGUAUAUGGGCAUCGAAAUUGACAAGAGAGUUAUGGAGAAGAGGUAUCUGGGACGAUUCAAGAUCGGUUGAAAUUAUGACCCAUGCUGCACUACAUAACGAUGUUAAAAUUGCAUACAGUGGUGUCUUGUUCUUUUUGGAUGCUGAUAAAGAGCGUGAAGAAGCGUUUGAAGAAAACGACGAUGAGGAUGAAAUCGAUACUACCGCUUUGAAGCACAAGCUCCAGAUCAACAAGAAAUCUAGUAAAAGAGGUAAGAAGCUAGAGCAAGCACUUAAGGUCGUAAAGAAGAAAUCUGCUAAAGGUGUUCAACAGAAUAAUUUCUUAAAUUUCAGUGCCAUCCAUCUAUUACGUGAUCCACAAGGGUUUGCCGAGAAAUUGUUUGAAAGACAUCUAAGUGGUAAGAAUUCGAACAAAUUUGAUUUCGAACAAAAGACUGCCAUCAUGCAAUUAUUAUCCCGUUUAACAGGUACACACAAGUUAAUGGUUCUUGGACUAUAUUCAUACUUCUUAAAAUACCUGACGCCAAAGCAAAGGGACGUUACCAAGAUUCUAUCUGCUGCAGCCCAAUCCUGUCAUGAUCUUGUUCCUCCAGAGACCAUUGAAGUGAUGGUGAGGAAGAUAGCCAACGAGUUUGUUAGCGACGGUGUUUCAAAUGAGGUUGCCACUGUGGGUUUGAAUACAGUCAGAGAAAUCUUGACUCGUGCCCCAUUAGCUAUCGAUGAGACUUUACUACAAGAUUUAACCGAAUAUAAGGGCUCCAAGGCCAAGAGUGUCGCCAUUGCUGCUAAGGGUUUGAUUGCAUUAUACAGAGAAGUUGCUCCGGAGAUGUUAAAGAAGAAAGAUCGUGGUAAGACCGCUUCUAUGGGACUACAGGACGACAAACGCAAUGGCAGGGAAUCCAAACGUGUCAAGUUUGGUGUCGAGACUACUAAUGUACAAGGUAUAGAUGGUAUUGAGUUACUAGCGAAGUGGAAGCGUGAGAACGGAAACGAGGAGGAUGAUGAUGAUGAGGCUGCAUGGGAUUUGAACAACCGGGAUGAAUUAUCAGAUGCUUCGGAUGUAGAAGGUGAGUGGGUGACGAUAGAAAGCGAUAAAGAGUACGAAGUUGACAUGGACUCUGACGAUGAGGAAAGCAAGAACAAAACAGGUCAUAAGGGUAAGAAACGUUCCCACGAUGAAGUCGAACCGGAAGCUGGUGAAGAUAGUGAUUUAGAAUUAUCCGGUGAUGAAGAAGAACCAAAGGUGGGAGAAGAGCAGAAGGAAGAAAGUGAAUCCGCUGACCCAGAAGAAGCUUUCCGUGAAUUAGCAUCCAGUCGUAUCUUAACACCAGCCGAUUUCGCUAAACUUCAAGAACUACGUACUGAAAAGGGUGUUACUAAACUUAUGGGGAUCAACAACGAAGAAACUAUUGAGCAUUACAAGCUUAUGGGUCCAGCCAAGCACAAGAAACAGAACAAAGAGGAAAGAAUGGCAUCUAUUAUGGAAGGUCGUGAAGACCGUGAAAAAUACGGAAGUAAGCGUGGUAAGCGUGACAGUUCAAUGAGAUCAACUACAAAUAAAGAGAAAUCUAGAAAGAAGAACUUUGUGAUGAUGAUCCAUAAGAGAUCUGUGAAGGGUAAGCAAAAAAUGUCGCUUCGUGACAAACAAAAGGUCUUGCGUGCUCAUAUCACGAAGCAAAAGAAGAAAGGUAAUUAA